UCCCACUCUUUCGCUGCCUCUCUCCUUCUCCACCUUUCUCUCUUUCUCUCGUCCCUCUCAUAUUCUCGCACUCUUUCUCUCUCCGUUCUUACCUCCAGCCAGUCGACAUUGACUCGUCGCAGCAGGAAGAUCACCUCUCCCUUCUUCAGGUUCAACUCCGCCUUGCCGUUGCCGCGAAAGUCAAACAUCGCCUGAGAAACACACACACACGCACACAUACACACCACAAAAGAGAGAGUACACACACGCGCACGCACACACAAAGUCAGUGAGAGAAAAGAGGAGCGAUUUAAAAGAGCAUACGGAUUCAACACAAAGAAGGAACAAUGACGGGAAACAAAAUGGUUAUGACAGAUCUGCUAAAACCUGAGGAGAUCAAGAAAGCUCUUGAUGCCUUCGCAGCAGAAACAUUUGACCCUAAAAAGUUCUUUGAAAUGGUGGGAAUGAAGGCCAUGUCGGCUGAAAACGUCAAGAAGGUCUUUCAGGUUCUGGAUGUGGAUGGUAGCGGAUUUAUAGAAGAAGAAGAGCUAAAGUUUGUACUGAAGGGCUUUUCCAAGGAUGGCAGAGAUCUGACUGACGCUGAGACUAAAGCAUUUCUCACAGCUGCAGACAAAGAUGGAGAUGGCAAGAUCGGCAUUGAUGAGUUUGAAGCCUUAGUGCAUGAGUAGGGGAAAGCUGAACUCCCCUCUUGUUCUUCCUGCUCCUUUUUGUCCCUGCAUCCACAUUUUGUAACUGCGACCUUCAAACUCUUCCUCCCUUUCCUCGCUCUGGACCCCUCACACAGAGUCAGACCAGGCCUGCUCUCUGCAAAACACUACCAAAAACAGGCCAACAGGGAGUCCACCUGAGGAGGAACAUACAGGCAUAACAGGCACCAGUUUCACUUUUCAUUUUUCUUUUUAUAUAUAUAGAUAUAUAUAUAUAUAUUUAACCACACAUGCUGUAUGGAUUUCAGAAGCAUUCUUAAUGAUUUCGCGAGGAUAGUCUGUGGUCAAAAAAGGUGGUACUAGUGUUGUAGAUGGUGUAGAUGUUCUCAAGACUCCUUAAAUCUUAAUUUCCUUCCUG